CGCCCAUAGCCUCUGCCUACCUUGGACGCUCUCCCAUCCGCUCCUCCAGAAAAAAUAACUCAUCUAUACGACAUGCGGGUGUCCUCGACGGUGGCGGCAGUGGUGGUGGCGGUCAUGGUGGCGGCCCAGGGGGCGACGGGGCUGACGCAGGCGGCGCUGGCCAUUCCCCAGGCCAUCGCGGUCAAAGGCGGCAUCAUCACCCUCGCCAUUAUGCUCACACUGCUGAAGAAGGUGAAGAAUAAGAGGCGAGGGGGACGACGACACCCCCUCCUGAAGCCCCGCAACAAGCCACACGCCCUCCACCGCCUACACAGACGAGCCGCCGCCACGACCACUCCUGACAAGGGUAUCUUCAUGAGGAAGGCGUCUUGGGAGGAAAGUGAAGUGGAGGAGGCCAUGGAGGAGGCGAUGAGGGAGCUGGUGAAGCAAAUGGACGAGGACGGCUGCCUCCAGAAUUUCCUGUGCCACCUUCAGGAGAGUUUCCAUGACACCAGCACUCCUGAAGAAGAUAUAUCGGACGGCCCCUUCCCUGCUGAGGCCCCAGGAUGCAGCCAGCUGUUCCCCACGUGUCUGUUGCAGGCGGCGCAGCUGACGGAAGCCUUUAUACACAUGGGGCCGCUGUACAACGCUGUGUAGAGCCCGGACUCCCACUUUUUCUUUUCCUUCUACUCCAUCUACUUUUCCUCUUUUCCUUCUUAUUUUCUAUCUACUUUUCUUCUUUUUCUUCUUCUACUUCUCCUUUUUCUACUCCUUCAUCUACUUUUCCUCUUUUCCUUCUUAUUUUCUAUCUACUUUUCUUCUUUUUUCUUCUUCUACUUCUCCUUUUUCUACUCCUUCAUCUACUUUUCCUUUUUUCCUUAUUUUCUAUCUACUUUUCUUCUUUAUUCUUCUUCUGCUUCUCCUUUUUCUACUCCUUCAUCUACUUUUCCUUUUUUCCUUAUUUUCUAUCUACUUUUCUUCUUUAUUCUUCUUCUGCUUCUCCUUUUUCUACUCCUUCAUCUACUUUUCCUCUUUUCCUUCUUAUUUUCUAUCUACUUUUCUUCUUUAUUCUUCUUCUGCUUCUCCUUUUUCUAC